CGACGAACAACGACUGCUCGACGCAACAACAACCUUCUUGCGUUUGAACAACACAAACUUGUCCAAAAGAGUUCUGUUCACCAGUCUCAUUCUAGCGACCCGAUCCUUGCAUCAGUCGAUACACACCAAAAGCCGCGUCCUUCAACAGUCGCAGUCCAAAACAGCUCGCACCAGUCGACACUCCUCGCCCCCUUCCCCACUACUUCCCAAACCCCAAACAUGUCGUCCCCAGUAAAGAUUGAGGCCGACGCGCCCGUUAAGACCGACCUUGAGGCUACCAAGAUUGAGGUCGACGCUCCCGAGGUUAAGCCCGAAGUUGCCGAAGUCAAGCCCGCCGUCGAGGCCAAGCCCGAGACUGAGGCUUCGCCAGAGUCGGCUGUCAAGGCCGCCAAGCAGGUCAACUUCUACUUCUCCGACUCGAACCUCCCCACGGACAAGUUCUUCUUCUCCUUGACGGCCUGCAACAAGGAGGGAUGGGUCCCCAUCAAGACCAUCCUUACCUUCAAGCGCAUGCGGGAGUUCAAGGACCUCGGUGUUGAGGGUGUCGCCCAGGCUCUUCGUGAGGCUGCCGAGGCUGAGGGUUCGGACCCCCUUACCGCCGUUAGCGAGGACGGCCAGAAUGUCCGCCGUGCCCGCCACUUUGAGCCCAACACCACCCAGUGGGGCCGUUCGGUCUACGUUAAGGGCUUCGGCGAGGGCGAGUCCGAGAACAACACGCAGGAGAAGAUCGAGGAGUGGUUUGCCCAGUUUGGCAAGAUCAACGCUGUCCGCAAGCGCCGCGAAGACAUUCCCGACAAGGGAGAGAAGGGCUCGGGUCGUGGCAGGGGAGCCUUCAAGGGCUCUGUCUUCGCCGAGUUCGCCUACGAGGCGGACAUGAACAAGUUCCUCGAGCUUGAGCUUGUUCCCAAGUUCACGGCUGACGGCCCCGACAUGCUCAAGAUGAGCAAGGACGCGUACGUCACCAUGAAGGCCAAGGAGAAGGGCAUUCCCUCGUCGGAGAUCCAGCGUGGUAAGGGCGGCCAGCCCAAGAAGUUCAACGCUUUCCGUGAGCUUGAGAAGAUCAAGAACGGCAAGCCUGCUCAGUUUGCCAACAUCCCCGACACGAUGGAGGUUGUCGGCGAGCGUGUUACCGGCUCGUCGCGCGGCAACGACAGGAACGACAAGAAGCGUCCCCGUGAGGAUGGCGAGGAGAGGGCGGCCAAGAAGGAGAGAAUCGAGGUGCCCCUCACCAUCGAGUACGGAGGUGUUACCCUCGAGUGCGACCCCAAGACGGGUGCCGUCCUCGACCCUUCGAAGCUCGCCUUCACCGACGGCGCUGCUAUCAAGUUCUCGGCUCCUGGUGACGGCGGUGACUGGAAGGUUCUCAAGAACGCCGUUAUCGAGGCUGCCAUCGCAUCGCCUUUCAUGGCGUUCCCCCCUGGCACCAAGGGCGGCACCGUUGCCAAGUCGGACUCGACUCUCAUCUCGGACGAGGAGCUUGCCAAGCUCAACGACGCCAAGCUUGACUUUGGCGGCGAGCCUGUUACCUUCGCCCGCAUGUCCGAGGACGAGCAGCGCGCGUUCUGGCUCUCGAGAGCCAACUACCAGGGCACCGUUGCCCUUCGCAAGCGCAACGAGGCCGGUGACGGCAAGGAGCGCCGCGGCGGUGGCUUCCACCGCGGUGGCGGUGGCGGUGGCCGCGGUCGUGGAGGUCGUGGUGGCCGUGGCGGCUUCCAGCGCGGUGGCGGACGCGGUGGUGGCCACCGUGGUGGUCGCGGCGGCCACCGCGGCGGUAGGGAUAACAACGGCGGCAGCCGCAACAACGACUCUGGUAUUCCCCCCACUGUCGGCUCUGUCAGCAACUAGGGCGUCAACAAAGAGCUAGCUUGAUCUUCACCGCUUUCCAUCCCAUUUUGCCAUUUGUCUUUCCGCACCUCAACCCAAUCCCCAACAAACAUCCACCACCCCCACCAACCCACCACCCACCACGGCUAGAGAGCCACACCAUAUGCUAUUUGCUUGCCGGGCUCAACUCUCGCCGCCGCGCACGCAUUGUUUUUCGUAAGGGUCGUCCAUCUAUACAUUGCGAUGACUGUGAUGUGAUGAGAGUACUGUAUGUGUCGG